CAACAACAUUUAAAUACUAUUACUGUCCACAAAUAAUACAAAAUCCGGAGUGUUAACGAGACAAGCACAACGCCAUGGAUGUCCUCCAGAAAUCCGUGAUCGAACCCCUCCAACCAAUCCUCCGUCCUAUCGCCCUCACUCUUCCCGAACCCGUUCAUGAUGCCAUCGUGUCGCUGAUCGGAUCUGACUGCCACAAUGCCUUGGUGCUCGACCUCGACGUGACCAAAGACCCCAACUGCACAUCGCUUGCUAUUUCCAAAGCCCUCGGUCUGGCUAUCGUUGGAGCUAGCGCUAUCGUCAAAGUCCCGCAGAUCUUGAAGUUGAUCGGCUCACAGUCGUCGGCCGGUGUGUCGUUUGUGUCGUACGCACUGGAGACGGCUAGUCUGCUUAUCACGCUUUCAUAUGGUGUCCGCAACCAGUUCCCAUUCAGCACGUAUGGCGAGUCGGCUUUGAUUGCUGUGCAGGAUGUUGUGGUGGGUGUGUUGGUGUUGAGUUUUGCUGGUCGGCCUACGUCUGCCGCGGCCUUUAUUGCGGUCGUUGCGGCUAGUGUGUACGCGCUGUUGGUAGAUCAUACUAUGGUAGAUGCGCAGACAAUGGCGUAUCUUCAGGCUGGUGCUGGUGCUUUGAGCAUUGCCAGCAAGGCUCCUCAAAUUCUCACCAUCUGGAGUGAGGGUGGGACUGGACAGUUGAGCGCUUUCGCGGUAUGUCUAUUGCGAACGAAUAUACGGUUUACAAAUCGCUGACAGAUCAUGUUUGUCUAGGUCUUCAACUAUCUCAUUGGAUCUCUCUCGCGCAUCUUUACUACUUUGCAAGAGGUUGAUGACAAG